AUGAUUAAAAAAUACCCAGAAAGAGGAAGAAUAGACGUAAUAGUUAGAAAAAGGCCGUUGAACGAGAUAGAAAUAUCACGAGGAGACAAAGAUAUAGUGGUUUGCAACAACGACUGCGGAAUAAUACGUGAAUACAAGUGUAAAAUAGAUGGAACGAGCUUCGUCGAGGAACAUGAAUUUAAAGUAGAUCGAUUCUACGACGAAAAGGCAGACAAUGAGCAGAUAUACAACGAAUACGUGAAGCCGCUGGUGGAGUGCGCGUUUGUCGAAAACAUGACGUGCUCAUGUUUCACGUACGGCCAGACGGGGAGCGGAAAAACAUACACAAUGAUCGGCUCAAGAAUAACUAACCCAAAACUGAUAGACUCAGACCAAAAAGUAGUUGCAGGAAUAUACGAGUACGCUGCGAACGACAUAUACAGAAUAAUAAAGGAGAGAGGACUGAGUAGGCAAAUCGACGUAGUGCUGAGCUUCUUUGAAAUAUAUUCGGGAAAGCUAUACGACUUACUGCAAAACAGGAAACCAUUGGAGUCUUUGGAUAACGGAAAGAAUGAAGUGAUCAUUCGAGACUUGUCAGCCAAGACAGUUAAUUCCAAAGAUGAGUUGGUGGAGUUGAUGCUAUCUGGGUUGAAUCUGAGAAAAAUAGGCCAAAAUUCACAAAAUGACCGUUCAUCAAGGUCCCACGCACUGCUGAGAAUAGAGCUGAAGAACAAGGAAACGAGCAAACUGCACGGUACGACACCACUAUUUAUGUUAAUAAACAAACACAAGCUACAGACUUUUGUUAACAGUCAGAAUACGUUUACUAACACCCAAGUCUAUACAAACAAUGUAGGCAGUCUAGUUUUUAUCGACUUAGCCGGCAGUGAACGCGGUGCCGACUCUUUGGGCAUUUAUCACACGCCUGAUAAAUCGAGGAGCGCAAAACAGUCUUUUGAAAGGCAAUCUACCACCAAAUCGCUGUUUGGCGAAUCGGUGGUUAGUAAGGCGUCAUUCGAAGGAACGUGCAUAAACAAGUCACUCUUAGCUUUGAAGGAGUGUAUCAGGGCCAUGGAGUCUGAAAAGCACCAUGUCCCAUUCAGAGAUAGCGAGUUGACAAAGGUGCUGAGGGACAUUUUCCUUAGGGAGAGCAAGAACGUAAUGAUUGCCAAUUUAAGUCCGUCAAAUCGCUGUUUCGACCAGACGAUAAACACAAUGAGGUACGCAUCAAAGGUGAAGUCAUUCAAGGUCAACACAACAAACUGCGGCAACAAUAGCAAUGGCAGUGUUAAUGCCAAUGGUACUUACAGCACAAUUGGUAAUAAUAACGCUAGUGGUAGUGGCAACGGCAAUAGUAGUGUUGUCGUCAAUGGUACCAACAGUACAAUUUGUAGUGACAACAGCAAUAGCAACUGCAACGGUAGUGCCAACGGCCAUGGCAACACUAAAUCUAGCGCCAAAGCUAGUAACAACUCCAAAGUUAGUAACAACUCCAAAGCUAGUACCAACUCCAACUGUAGUGGCAGUGUUACCAGUAGUCCUAAUACUACGUCCCGUAGCGCCAACCGUACCAAUAUUAACAGCGUUGCAGGCGUCAACGGUACUACUAAUGCCAUCAACAAAUCUACUUCUCCACAGCCCACUAAACCCAUCAACAAGUACAAAGACCUGCUCAAGAGCACAUUUAGCUGUCGGUUAGGAAGGGAGGCUAAGAGAAGUAAUCCUAACUCUUCCAAUGGAACACCUGAAUCAGUUAAUAACAAUGGCAUGGAUUUGGAUAAAACUACAGCGGAUGAUAAUAAAAUUACAGCGGAUGAUAAUAAAAUUACACUAGAUGAUUCCAAUUUUGAUGAUGCUAAAGCUACAGUUGAUGAUGCUAACAAUUCAUUGGAUGGCGACUUCAGCACUGGCACCACUGCUGGCACUAACGGUGACGCUGCUCCCGAUUCUCUUGAUGCUGACGAUAACGGUGGUGAUUUCGACUUCAAAUCGCAGUUGGACACCGUGUUGAUGCAGAACGUAAACAACACAAUGGGCGACCUGGACUUCAUUCUAGGGAACCUGGAGUUGAACGAAGCCAACACUGCGUUGUACAGGCACUUGGUAGGCUCACUCCCGGACACCCUGGACAGAAAUAAACUAACCAGCCUUGACAGCAUCGAGAAAAUAACAGAAAUGUACCAGAUGUACAAUAGAAUUUCAAUUCUGUCUCGAUGCGUGCAAUCUCCAGAUACCAUUCAACACGUAUCCAACGUUCUAAGGGUCGAGUUCAAGCUGUUAUUGCACUUAAAGCAGCUUAUAGACUGCUGUUUUAACCAAGAAAUCUAA